AUGAAAAGAGAUUCCAUGGUAUCUGAGCAGACAGAGAAAAAGAUCCAAGGAUGUACUCAAAGAAAUGCAGUGGCCCCACUGCCUCCUGCCUUACCUGUGGCCCAUGACUACUUAAAGUGGAGAAGGAGUGUUCAGGCUGGUGUGAGGGACCUCAAGCCCAUGCACUGGGGCAGAGAGGAGAUUCAAUGCAAUGCAAUUCAGCAGACUCUCAAGCCAUUCAGAUUGAGCAAGGAGCAGUUGCUGGAGGUGAUGCGCAAGAUGAGGGAAGAGAUGGAUUUGGGGCUAAGGAAAGACUUGCCCCCUGAUGUCUCAGUCCACAUGUUGCCCACAUAUGUCUGCUGUCUACCUGAUGGCACGGAAAAAGGCACCUUCCUGGCCCUGGACCUUGGUGGCAGCAAUUUCCGAGUGUUUUUGGUGAAGCUUGGCGAUGAGACUGAAAAUGGAUAUCAACAGGAGAGUCAGACCUACAGCCUGAGUCAGGAGGUGAUGCAGGGGACUGGAGAACAGCUUUUCGAUUAUAUUGCAGACUGCUUGGUGAGGUUCCUGCUGAAGAAAAAGGUCAGGGAUCACCUUCCCCUGGGAUUUACCUUCUCCUUCCCCUGCCAUCUGACCAGUUUACAUCAGGGCAUCCUGUUGAAGUGGACCAAAGGAUUCAGUGCUUUAGAUUGUGUUGGACGAGAUGUGGUGCAGCUUCUGCAAGCAGCCAUUCAACGCAGAAAGGAGUUAUCAGUGGAAGUAGCGGCCAUUGUCAAUGACGCUGUGGGAACCAUGAUGUCAUGUGCCUACAACAAUCCAAGAUGUGAAGUUGGCCUCAUUUGGGGGACUGGCUCCAACGUGUGUUACAUGGAACAGAUGAAGAACAUUGAGAUUUUGGAGGGCAAUGAUGGGCAAAUGUGCAUCGACAUGGAGUGGGAGGCAUUUGGAGAGGGUGUGAGGCAACCACUCAGUGGGGUUGUGACAGAAUUUGACACGAGUGAUGAAGACUCCAUGCACCCAGGAAAACAAAUCUAUGAGAAGAUGAUAAGUGGAAUGUACCUCGGUGAGAUUGUUCGCUAUGUAUUGCUACACCUGACUGAGAGGGGCCUGUUGUUCAAAGGGACCGCAUUUCUUAGGGUCUGUGAUGUCUUCAAAACAAAGUUCCUGUCCCAGAUUGAGAGUGACGCUGAGGCUCCACAGGCUGCUGCUUCUGUGCUGCAGGAGCUGGGCCUAGCUGCCGGAAGGCAGGAAUAUGGGAUCGUCAAGGAGGUGUGUCAGGUGGUGUCCCAGAGAGCGGCGCAGCUGUGUGGGGCAGGACUUGCUGCAGUGCUGGAGAAACUGAGAGAAGACAGAGGGCUGAAUCAGCUGAAUAUUACCGUGGGAGUGGAUGGAACCUUAUACAAGUUACAACCCACAGUAAGUGCCACUGUAGAACACUCGCUCUCACCUCCAUCACACAGUGUCUCCCUCCUGUGGUGACUGUUGAGACUAUUGGUCUUGCAAUGUGGGUUUCCUGCUCUGGUAACUACCAAGGCUGAAUUCUCUCUGGUGUGAUUCUGGUGUAAAGGAAUGCAGAGGGUUGUGGCUGAGA